AAUUAUGUGGUACUGGAAACGUAUGAGAACAUAUCUCACUCGGUCACUCUGCUAUGGUCCACGUGCAUUGGAUAUUUGAGUCUGGGUACGAGAAGAAUCAGCGCUGCUAAGCGGGUCUGAUUAUUUCGGGGAAUAGGCGGUGCCCUGGGACAGGAGCAACAAUGUCUGUGAGAGCAGGAGUCUUUGCAAGCCAAAUCGGUACCAGAUGUAGCGGCUGCCACAAUCGCCAGUUCAAGAUAUACAGCCAGCCACGGGUUGCAAGGCCAGGAGGGGUUUUUGGUCUCGGCCGUCAUACCAUUGCUCUAGCAGGAGCACCUGGAAACAGGACGAAGCAGGCUGCUACUACGAAGGAAAAUUCUUUGCUAGUGCUCGACGAGAAUGGUACCGGAGCCAAGAAGUUUUUCAGCAGUGUUUCGAGCAACAUCCAGAAGAUCAUCAGCGAUACUCUGAAGGUUCUGCAGAAGCCAGCGAUAGCUCUGCUCCUCAUUGGGCUACUACUGGGUUCUCCAGAGGAUGCUCUCUCGGCAAGUGGUGGAAGAAUGGGAGGAAGAUCGUUUUCAUCUGGCGGUGGUGGUAGAUCAAGCCAGACGUACUCUCUACCUCGGUCCGGGGGCUCCAGCUCCAGCUUCAACGCGUACAGCUUCGCGGCUCCAUCACCUUUGAUUGGAGGUGGAUUGUAUUUGACGCCGGGAUACAGUGUUGGGUUCGGAGGCGGUGGCAUCGUGCUUAUGUUGCUGCUUGGAUUCGUGGCGUUUCAACUCGUCAGCGGCUUUUUAGUAGAUCGCGAUCAAGAAAUAGGCACAACGAAAACGAGUGUUAUGAAACUCCAGGUAGGCCUGCUUGGAAUGGCUCGCUCGUUGCAACGGGAGCUAGAACAACUGGCCAAUCGUGCAGAUACCUCGAAUCCAUCCGGACUACAUUAUAUUCUUACAGAAACUGUACUCUCACUUAUGCGGCAUCCGGACUUUUGCAUUUCGGGGACAUCGUCAUCUGAAGUAAAGAGGUCGGUGGAAGCUGGCGAGGCAAGGUUCAAUGAGCUGUCUCUGGAGGAGAGAGGCAAGUUCGUCGAGGAAACGCUCGUGAGCGUGGACAGCAUCAGGAAGCGAACUAGUCCGAGAUCGUUUUCGGGCAAGACAUUCAACAACGAAUACAUUGUGGUGACCGUCCUGGUAGCUGUGCAGGGAUCACACAAGCUACCCACAGUAAACAGCAAUACGGACCUCAAGGCUGCUCUCAGCAAGCUUGGAUCCAUUCCCGUGCAGCAGUUGCUCGCAGUGGAGGUGUUGUGGACGCCACAAGACGAGAAUGAUGCUCUCACCGAGAAUGAGCUGCUAAGAGAUUAUCCACUACUCAGGCCGCUGUGAGACGAAGAGAGAAGCAAACUUUGUUUUGGAAAGCGAUGAUCCUUAUCCAAAACGUUGGACUUUGGUGCCACUUGCUGGGAUUAGAUAGCUAAAAGGAUGGCCGCGGCAUCUCAUGAAGUAUAGCAAAGUCCAAGGCUGCAUUCUACGUCGUUCCAAACGACACUUUUCUUUUUU